UCGUGUUAGAUCUCUCACAGGGCCAUUCGAUUAUAGACCAGUGACGGGACGUGUCGACCAUGUGGCGAAAAACGAUAAUCAAUAUUGUAAUUUUGUGUUUUGCACUGUUCGUUACCUGUCGAGGGUGCGAAGAGAGGUUCGCACCGUUAGAGACGGCCAGGGCAAAAUUGAAAUCUACUCAAAAUGGCUUCAAAAUGUCGAUUUUUGGUAACCCCGACAAGUACAUACCCCACUCCGGUUACAGCGUAACCGUCGACAGCGAUAACUUGGACUUCAAUUGGUUUAUGGUGACGGCUGAGAGGUUAUGUGACGAAGUUGAUGAAGAGGAAUGUGGAGAUCCAGCUUCGCCUGAUCGAGCAGGUUCGCUACAGCUGUUACAAGGACCUGAUGGUGACGUGACAUUCCAUCCUGAAUGUAUCAACACAUUAGUGCAAUCUAAACCCGUCGAAGAACUCAAAAGGCCCAAAAUCGAAUUUGUAUGGAUGGCUCCAAAAUCCGGCAGCGGUUGUGUUUACAUUAGAGCAUUGUUGUCACAAGUUAACCAGACCGGUACAAUCCACGAAACAGAACUUCUCACAGAGUUGUGCGAAUUAGUCGAAACGUCUUCGAGUCGACCGACCGAAGAAGACACUAAAUGUUGUGCUUGCGACGAAGCCGUGUAUGAGAUGAAAUUCGAAGGACUUUGGUCGGCCAAAACUCACUCUAAAGACUUUCCGACCGCACUGUGGUUGACCCAUUUCAGCGACAUUAUAGGAGCGUCGCACGACAAGAACUUCUCGCUCUUCACUGAAGGCCAAUGGGCUACCGACGGGGUCAGACAGCUUGCCGAAUGGGGAUCCACCGGCAUUUUGGAAUCCGAACUUAGGCAACAGAAAAGACAUUUGAGGACUCUGAUCAAAGCUGCCGGCCUGUGGCAUCCUCGCGUCAACUCCAACACCACGUCUAAGUUUCGGGUUGACCGGAAACAUCAUUUCGUUUCAAUGGGCAGCAUGAUUGGACCAUCUCCUGAUUGGUUCGUGGGCGUUAACGGCUACAACCUGUGCGAAAAAGACUGCCAGUGGGCUCGGACCAGAACUGUUGACUUGUACGCUUACGACGCCGGUACCGACAGCGGCCGGUCUUACUUGUCUCACAACCAGGAAACGCUUCCUCACGAACGCUUAUACCGCAUUAGUUCCACCUACCCUGACGACCCCGCAUCACCGUUUUUUGAUGAGCAAGGCCGGGAAAUAGCUCCACUUGCUCGCCUCCACCUGAACAGGAUCAAUGUCAUACCUAAAUCGUGUUCGGACAAGAUCAUCACGGACCUGAUCGAUGAACUGGCCGUUUCCGAGAACACCCAAGACGCAUCGAGACAGGAAUGUGCCGUUUCUAAGUACUCUGAGUGGAGCGAAUGCAACGUGUCAUGCGGUAAAGGACUCAGGUCGAGGAGUCGGAAAUACUUGAACGAGGCCGCUGCCAAGAAGGCUGGUUGUGACAGACAGUUGGUCUCCAAGGAAAUGUGUUUGUCUUCAGUUCCUAUUUGCCCUGGUGAAACGGAACAGGAAGACGACAGUUUGCUGUUGGACGACGCCAGGUGUAAUACUACUGAGUGGACGCCCAUGUCACAGUGUUCGGUGUCUUGCGGCAUUGGAUUUAUGAUGCGAACCAGACAAUUUUUGGAAUAUUCUAGUUACAAGAAAUGCCGUCACAUAGGUCUGGUGAUGAAGAAGAAAUGCAUGAUGCCGGCCUGCACUAAAACCGUUGACGAGAGAACCGACACCGGUGAAUGUCCGGUUACCGAAUGGAGCACGUGGAGUCCGUGCAACGUGACCUGCGGGCAAGGCAUAACGCUCAGGUCAAGACUGCUUUUGGUAUCCGAAGAAAACUUCACUAAGUGCUACGAAAACGUCGUGUUAGAGGAGACUAAGGUGUGCAACGGGAUCAGACCCACUUGUGCCAUUACCAGCUCCCUGGCUAAGGAAAUUUGUACUCAAGACAAAAACGAGGGGGCUUGCAGUCUGAAUACCAUCCGGUAUUACUACGACAAGGACUCCAGGACUUGCCGACCGUUUAAGUACGGCGGUUGUCGAGGAAACGAAAACAAUUUUAAAAGCGCCAACGAAUGCUACAACGUUUGUCGCAAAGUCACAUAAAUGCAUUCAAAAUAUAACCUAUGACUUUACGACGUUGUCGGUUAUGAAAUUGUUAUAAGUAUAAAAAAUAUUAUGUUUUUUUUCUUUUCCUUUUUAAGUACCCAAUAUAAAUACAAAUUAUCACUUUGUAAAUGGUAAUUAGUAAUUAAUUAUUUUAUUGCUACUUAUUGACUCAACGGUAGUUCUGUUUAGGCACUAGGUCAAUAAUGUAAUAUUUUUGUGUUGUAAAAUGCAAAUUUUAAUUAGAAAUACUCAAAAUAAGUUGUGUUUUCCCCUGCGAAUAAACUUGUUAUACUUGUAUCACUUCAAUAUAUAUAUAACCUACUAACCGAUGGGUUGAAUAAAA